AUGUCUAAUGUAUUGGGACCAGAGAAACCAAAAGUUGAUGGCGGGUUUGAAAGGGAUUCUGAGGUAGAUCUUCUCAAACAAAUGAAUAAAGUUCCUUUAUUCAUGACUGACUUACCUGAGGAAGAGAAUGAUGCACUUGCGGCUAUUCAAUCUUUACUUUACGAAGGCACACCUGAAGAGGUUGCAGAGAAUUUUAAAACCCAAGGAAACGAAUGUUUUAAAACUGGAAAAUCACAAUAUCAAGAUGCGAUAAAUUUUUACACAAAAGCAUUAGAUGUAAAUUGUCAAGAUAAUAAGAUUAAUGAAGCUUGUUUAACUAAUAGAGCAGCUGUUAAUUUAGAAUUACAAAAUUAUCGUAAAGUUCUUAAUGAUUGUGCAAAAGCGAUUAAAUUAAACCCUCAAAAUAUCAAGGCAUUUUAUCGAUCUGCGAAAGCUUUAUAUGCUCUAGAUAAAAUUGAUCAAGCUUUAGAUUGUUGUGAACAUGGGCUUAGGAUAGAGCCAAAUAAUGUAGCUUUACAACAACUUAAAGAGACAUGUAUUAAACAAACAGAGAUACUGAAUCAAAAGGCAAUAAUCAAAGAAGAGCGUGAACGAAAAGAUCGAGAAACAAAAGAAGCGUUGGAGAAUGCGAUAAAGAUGCGUAAUAUUAAAAUGGAAACAACUUCCAAUACUCCAACAUCACCGCAUUCAGUAUAUCUCGAUGCUGAAACUCAACAAUUAAUUUGGCCAGUUUUCUUCUUAUAUCCAGAAUAUAAAGAAUCAGAUUUUAUUGUAGCAUUCAAUGAAGAUAAUACUUUUUUGGAUCAUCUUGAAGAGAUUUUUGAACAACCAGCACCUUGGGACACGGAACGUAAAUAUAAACCAAAUAAUUUACAAGUUUACUAUGAGUAUACAUUAUCAACGGGUAAUGAAGAGAAACAAAAAUUAAUCAAGAUUGGUAAGAAUUGUACUCUGAAAGAAGUAUUGUCACAUCCAAAAUAUAUUGUAAAAAAUGGUAUUCCCAGUUUUAUUAUUUUGCAUCACCAAGGGAAGUUUCAGGAGGAAUUUUUAGCAAAAUAUAAAAAAAGUUAA